CUGGGACCCAGCGGCCGCGGCGCUCAAUCCAAGGGAAGCCGGUGCGGGCAGCAUGGGACGGCGGCGGCGCAGGGUGGACCGGGAGGCCGCGGUCGGGCCCUUGCCCGAGGCCAUCGCUACGCUGAGUCGGACGCUGCCCGCCGGGCCCAGCCCCGAGAUCUUCCGCCGCGCCAAGUUCGACCGUCCGGAGGCGGCCCCGGCGCUCUGGCGGCUGCUCUUUCACGUGCUCUCGCUCCUGUCGGCCAACGGUGCCUCGGCGUCCGCCGCCCAAGAGGCCCAAGUCCGCAUGGUGAAGUCGGAGCUGCGCUCCCAGGGUUACCCCAGGCGGGCCCUGGCACAGCUCCCUGAGGAUGGCUCCCAGGGCAGCCGCGAGCUUCUUCUGGCCCUGGCCUGGCUCCUGGCCCGCGGACCCCUGCUCGAACGGCUGCUGGCCCAGACCCGCGUCCCGCUGGGCGAUGAGAUACCCCUUUUCGAGGGCGUGAGCCUUGUCCCUCUCGAGUGUGACGCUCUGGCCAGGCCUAGCCCCUCCGCACCUCAUGUGGAAGCAGACGGCCCGAUGGACAUACGCCACUUGCAGUGGCUGAUGGGAAAGCUGUUGUUCCAGUGGCGGAAGCUGAUCACCAGUCAGCAGGAGCAGUGUGCCCUCCUGGGCAAGAUCCAUACAUACACCCGCGGCUGCCACAGUGACCGCAGCCUUGGUCACCUGUCUGUUGCUGAGACCGAGCUGCUCAGGGACGCGGAGGGCGGCCAGCAGCUGCUUCGGAGGCUGGAGAGGGAGAACGCACGCCUGGAGGCGGCCCUGCAGUGGCGGUGCCGGGAGCUGGUCUUCUGGCGGUGGAUGGACACAGUGCUGGGCACCUGCCCUCCAGAGGCCUCACAUCCCACCUUUCUGCCCAGGAUCCCCGAGCGAGGGACUGGCGAGUUGGAGCUGGUGGCCCGUGAGCUGCAGGCCCUGCAGGAGGAGCUGCGGGGAGCUGUGGAGUCCCGGCGGGCAGCCUGGGAGGCCAGGGUCGGAGGCUGGGGACCCGAGUGGAACGCGGUGCAGUGGGCCUCAUGGGAGGCGGUGGGACACGAGUUGGCAGCCCUCCAGCAGGCCUGGGAACCUGGUGGGGCCGCAGCCCAGCCCCAUGGGCCCUGCCGGCUGGUGAAGAGUGACGCCGGAGCCUCGAGGGGCCCAGGCCUGCGGGCGGCCCAGGUGAUUGGGGUGUUGAGGAGCCGGGAGGCCUGUCUGGAGGCAGUGCUGUGCCAGCUGCAGAGACAGUGUCGGCAGGAACUGGCCAAGCUGGCAGGAGCCCUGCCUGGCCUCAUCUGGAUCCUGCCAUCUGGUCAUUGAGGGUCUGUGUCCUCUUCGAGAGGGACCCACUGUGACCUGCCCCGGCUGGGCCUCGGAGGGGCAGAUUUCAGGGUGGUGGCAGGGACAAUGCAGACACGGGGCCCCAGGCAUGCUCUCCCUGUCCCUGGGGCUGUCCUCACCUGGGCAGAGCCCACCCCUUGGGUA